CAUCCUGCGCCAAAGUCCUUCUGAGACCGUUUCCAAUUGCUCAUGUCGGAUCGUGAUUGAACCCAUUGCCGAUUAGCUCGUCGGCGGAGCUCCGCCAUUGGAUGCUCCAAGCAUGUCGUCCUCGGUGUUAGGAUUCUCCCCGUGGCGGAAGAGAGCUUCCAGCUUGGUUUCACAAACGGACCAGUCGCACCAUGAUCGCACAGACGCGGCGAGCCAGGCUGGGAGCUCGAUGCUAGAGACUGGAACUUUGCAACACCAGCAGCUGUCUUCCUCUGUUGGAUCUCCGCAAGGAUAUAAAGAACCCAUUCGCUCUUUCAUCCAUGCCUCAAUGCGAGAUCAAUUAGUAGUCCCGGUAGACAGCGCACAGAACGCGAGGAGUGUCCGCGAAGACACCGCUGAGCUGGCAAGCUACUUGCUAUCCGAUGGCUCAUCACAGCGUCGCCCGAGCUUCCUCCAGAGAAACAGACCGUCAAUUCACGAUGUAUUCGGGGGAGAUUUUGGGGAUGCUGACUCAAUUGAAGGAAGCAUAAACCCUUCGUCAGAGACUAUACCUGAAGUAUCUGAGCCGCCGUCGCCAGAAGACGGAGAGGAUGGACGGCAUGCAGUGGGAGAAGAAGGGCCUUCUGUGCUCACCAAUCUGCUCAAGAAGUCGUCCCCUCCGUCCUCGUUGACGGAGCAGACAAGCAUCCCGCAAGCUCGUUUCGAAAAUGCCGAUGCUGGGCAAUCCCAGUCCUCGCACAUCGAUGUGACACAACAUCAGUCCCAGACAGACGAACCAGAAGUAUCAGAGGAUACCCCUCUUCUCGGCGGGCAAGGUUCGGGAUCAGGAGCCAGUAGUAGUAUCGAUCUCGAUCUCGAAGGUCAAAAAUCUCAAGCUCGACGGAGAUGGCUGCAUGGACUCGCUGAGCAACGUCAGAAGAUGGAGAAUCAUCUCACCCAAAUCGCCAAGGUAGCAUCCAGCCCGCGCAGCUGGAAUCGAAAGGCCAUCUGGGAGACUGCCGUCGUGGAACCAGUCUCUUGUCUUCCAGCCGUUGCCGUCGGCUUGCUUCUGAACAUCUUGGAUGCCCUGUCAUAUGGCAUGAUCUUGUUUCCACUCGGGACCCCCCUAUUCUCCCAUUUGGGAUCUGCUGGUAUCUCUAUAUACUAUGUCAGCACAAUUGUGGCACAGCUGGUCUUUUCUACGGGCAGUAUAUUCAGAGGAGCGGUAGGAUCUGAGCUGAUUGAGGUUGUUCCUUUCUUUCACAAUAUGGCGGCCAAGAUCUUGGAUAUUGUUGGUGAAGAGAAUCCCGACGCAGUCAUCGCCACAACCAUCGUAGCCUAUGCCCUGAGCUCCAUGCUGACUGGCUUGGUGUUCUACCUCAUGGGCCGGUUCAAGUUUGGCUUUAUGGUCGGAUUCAUCCCCAGGCAUAUCCUGAUAGGAUGUAUUGGAGGUGUUGGUUGGUUCUUGAUAGCUACCGGCUUCGAGGUUUCUGCCCGGCUGGAAGGCAGCCUUGAGUAUAACCUCGAUACAUUGGAGAAGCUCAUAGAGGCCAAGACAAUCCCUCUUUGGGUGUGCCCUCUUGUUUUGGCUAUUAUCCUAUUCUAUGGACAGAUGAAGGGGGCAUCCAAGUAUUUCCUUCCCCUCUUCAUCCUAGCCAUCCCACUGGUCUUUUACCUAUUUGUCUUCUCGCUCGAUAACUUAGACACCGGCGCACUCCGAGAUGAAGGAUGGAUUUUCGUUGGGCCUCCUCCAGACGAACCUUGGUGGUACUUUUACACACUAUAUCAAUUCCACCUAGUAAACUGGAAGGCAAUUAUUUCAGUAAUCCCUGCCAUGUUCGCGUUAACAUUCUUUGGCAUUCUUCACGUACCCAUCAAUGUCCCCGCCUUGGCGCUCAACUCCGGAGAAGACAAUGCCGAUCUGGACAAGGAAUUAAGGCUUCAUGGAUACUCCAACUUUGUUUCAGGGUGCAUAGGCAGCAUCCAAAACUACUUGGUCUACGCUAAUACAGUCUUCUUCUUGAGGUCUGGAGGCAACAAGCGGCUUGCCGGCUACAUGCUUGCACUUCUCACAUUCGGCGUCAUGGUUAUUGGCCCCAGCAUCAUCGGAUGGAUUCCGGUCAUGAUGGUCGGAACCCUGAUUUUUGACCUUGGGUUUGAACUGCUGCUUGAAGCAGUAUGGCUUCCAAGAAAGAAACUGAGGCCUGCAGAGUAUGCCACCGUCAUCAUCAUUGUCCUGGUCAUGGGCAUCUAUGACUUUGUGGUCGGCAUUGGCGUUGGAAUAUUGUUGGCUUUUGUAUCACUCGUUAUCCAGACGUCAAGAGUAUCGGCCAUUCGCGCAUCCUAUGAUGGUGAAGUUGUAACCUCUACCGUCAGACGCAACCCGUCACAGGACAACUACUUGCAACAAGUCGGUCGGCAAAUCUACAUCAUGAAGCUCACAGGUUAUCUGUUCUUUGGCACCGUCGUCAGUGUGGAGGCCAAGAUACGAGCGCUUUUAGACGAUCACGCGUUUGCCCAGAAGCCGAUCAAGUUCCUUAUUCUUGACAUGUGGCACGUCAGUGGACUUGACUAUUCUGCCGGUGAAGCCUUUAACACGAUUAGUCGCCUAUUGAACAACAAGGGCGUCAGCCUUAUUUUGAGUGGCAUAGAUGCUGACAGCGAACUUGGCCGAAGUAUAAGGGCUGUUGGACUAGGCAGCGGGAGUAUUGAGGUCAUGUUACUGCCAGAUUUAAAUUCGGCGCUAGAGAGUUGCGAAAACGAGUUACUCAAGACGCUGUAUGCCCGGCAAGAAGAGCUAAGUUCGACGAAACAUGCAACCGCCAGCCUAGAUGUCCCAACAACUUCGGCGACACUGGCCUCUUUCGACGCGCCGUUCAACUCUCCACGCCGUAACCACCUUGCUGAGGCGGCUCAUGACGCACUCAACAGUGUUGAAAUCCAGCGCCGAUCCAGAUGGCAGAGCUUUAAUGAACCUCUGCGGCUGAUGCUGCAGAUAUUUCAGGGGCUGAGCGACAAGAACGAGGAUUUCUGGUUCCAAGCAACGCCAUACUUUGAGCGCAAGGAAUAUGCUGCCGGCACAAUUCUGUUUAAGCGUGGCCAGCCGGCAGACGGCUUCUAUCUUCUUGAGCGUGGUAUCAUUCGAGCGGAAUAUGACCUGCCACAAGGCUGGUUUUGCGAGAGCAUCGUCGCGGGAACCACGCUGGGUGAGCUCCCCUUCUUCUCUGAAAUGAGCCGGACAGCGACAGCGCAAGUCGAGAGGGAUUGCAUUGUCUGGAUGAUGGGGCUGGAGUCUUGGAAGAGGCUUCAGCAGAAGGAGCCAGAAAUUGGAAGGGAAUUCUUGAAGAUUUCGUUGAAGUUGACGAGUGAGCGGAUGAGCGCAAUCACGUCGUAUAUUUUGACUACAGCUGGAUAAUUAUUGUAAUGUUUCCGAAUUUGCCUUGAAGUGGAGAGAACUGGUCAUGAGUGGGUGCUCAAAUUGCAUUGCAGAACUGUUGAUUUAGCGUAACUGAAAUUUAUAGCGAAAUCUAAGUGAUGGUAAUUGUUGGCUUC